AAUGUGCUGCAACAACAACGGCGACACGAACUGAAACAUUAAAUUUGCAUAAGAAAGUAGAAGUGGUCUGCCCCGAUUGUUUCAGCCCAGUCAAAACAGAAAUCCAGCAGUUUGCGCAGCGAUGGGAGCGGCAGUUGGUGUGGCAGACACAUUUCUUUCGUUGCAUAUUUUUUCAAAAAAAUUCAAUAGUCGUACAAAUAAUAAAAACUGUAUGUUAACUGUUUAACCGAAACAGACACUCAAACUGUGCGAAAUACUAAAUUGUAUGCAUAAAAACUUUUCACUUGCUUUUUAAAGAUCAUCAAUAAAUAACAAACAAAAAAACGGCUGGUUUAAAAAUAACUGACUCGUGAGCAGUGGCUGUCAAACUAUGUUAACCGUGAACAGGGAUCAUGAGUAACACAUCACAUCUAAACACUCAACUUUUUCCCAGAUUCAGGGUGUGUUAUUGACUGUUGGAUAAUGAAGCUUCUUAUUCCUGGACAAUAUCAAUUUGUGUUCACACACCAUUUCCCACUGGGAACCGAAUACAAGCAGUAGACAGAAUAUGAAUUUCAUGGGGCAGCAACGCAAUCGCGUGGAGCCACUGCUGUUGCUGCUGCUGGGCCUCAUCUGUGGCAGCGGGCUGUCGAAGUUGUUGCAAUUGGUGCGUCUGCAAUUCUACGAUAAUAUCAACGCGCAAACUGAUAUCUCCCAGCUAACAUAUGCCAGCAGCUAUAGUCAGCAUGUUACAGCAACUGAUUCGGGUUCGAGUGACAAGAAUACGACACAGAGAAUACUCUGCAUUAUCAUGAUUGAUCCGAUGCGCACACGCCAACUGCACAUCGAACGCACCUGGGGAAGGCGCUGCAAGAUGUUGCUAUUCCUGAGUGGCCAGCCCAAUAAGCAGUCGGGCGUUAUGGGGCUGGCAAUGAGAAAGGGGCACAACAUAUCGUGGGGCAGGCUACGAUCGAGCCUGCAGCAUGUCUAUAAGCAUUAUGGCACUCAACACGAUUGGUUUCUGCUGGUCAAGGAUGAAACCUAUGUGAUCAUGGAGAAUCUACAGCGUUUUCUGUUUGACCACGCGUCAGAGACGCCUAUUUACUUUGAUAGCAAUUCUUGGAAAUACACAAAAAAGAUGCACAAGUCCGAAAUGGAUAGUUAUAUUUUUAGUAGGGAGGCACUGCAUCGCUUUAUGACACUGGCACACGGGAAUAGCAGCAUCUGCAGCAAUCGGGAUUAUGGCAUGAUGCAUGUGGAAGUUGCACGUUGUUUUCGAAAUGUGGGCGUGGCAUCCGGCAAUGCGCGCGAUGAACACGGACUGCCACUCUUCGCCCCCAAAUUCAGCAAUAUAUCACUUGAAUGCUGUUCGACUUCAGCGAUAUCGUUUCACUGUGUUAGUGCCGCAUGCUUUUAUCAGAUGGAUUAUUAUAUCUACAGACUGCACCCUUUAACAUCUAUGUAAUGGGAAUUUACGAAAUUUGGAAAGGACUGCAGCAAAAGUAUGCCAAAGACAGAGACUAAUCAUUUCCAUAAAAUAUAUAUUUAGUAUCCGUAAGAUAAAUAAUCUAUAAUAUGUAUAUAGUAUGUUUGUAUUAAGCACAAUAAGAAGCUCAACAUUUAAAUCUGAAA